CUGAAGGGGGUUACCUGGGAAGGCCGGAGAGAUGAGGCCUUUUACGGGACAGUAUUUUAGGAGAAAGGAGAACGGAGACCUUUGAUGGAGGCAGGGGCGCUUGACAUUUGACCUGCUUUCCCCUGGAGGUUUAUGAGCGAUCAAAAGUUCUUUUUACACUAAGCCAGGAGGGAGUGGGGCAAAGAUGCCAAUACCACCACCCCCUCCACCUGGACCUCCUCCACCUCCAACUUUCAGUCAGGCAAACACAGAGCCUCCAAAAUUGAGCAGAGAUGAGCAGCGAGGGAGGGGCGCUCUGCUACAAGACAUUUGUAAAGGGACCAAAUUGAAAAAAGUGACUCAAGUUAAUGACCGCAGUGCACCUGUUUUUGAAAAAUCCAAGGGUGGCAGCAGCUAUAAUUCUGGUACAUCUCCCCUUCCACCAAAGGUGGGCCUUUUCCAAGGUGGUAUCCCCAAGCUACGACCCAUGGGAGUAAAAGAAAGUUCAGACAGCUCCUCUGGGAAGCUGCUACACCAGGGUCCUGGGUGUAGAUCAGCUGCACCACGGCCUCCUGUGUGUGCUACUGGCAUCCGACCUCAAGAUGACACUGAAAACAGCCGAGCUUCUCCUCCAGAGCUUCCACGCAUGCAGAGACCUUCAUUGCCAGAUCUUUCACGGCCAAACAGUGCCAGUGGCACUGGUAUGAAACACAGCUCUUCAGCCCCGCCACCACCACCUCCCGGACGGCGAGCCAAUGCACUUCUUGCCCCACAUUCUAUGCAUAAUAGCAAAGCACCUUCCUACAACCGUGAGAAGCCAUUGCCACCAACUCCAGGACAAAGGCUUCCAGGAAAUCGUGAUGGACCGCCAGCUCCUCCGCCCAUCAAGCCACCUCCAUCCCCAGUAAAUAUCCGGUCAGGACCAAGUAGUCAGAGCCAAUCCUUGGCACCCCCUCCCCCUCCUUACCGGCAGCCACCUGGUGUCCCUAAUGGCCCUGCCAGCCCUAUCAAUGAAUCUGCUCCUGAGCUUCCACAGAGACACAAUUCCUUACAUAGAAAGACACCAGGACCUGGAAGGGGUAUGGCCCCUCCCCCUCCCCCUUCAGCAUCUCCUUCCUUACAGAGCAAUCGGCCCCCACCUCCUGCCCGUGAUCCUCCAAGCCGAGGUGCAGCUCCACCACCACCACCUCCACCCAUGAUCCGAAAUGGUGGAAGAGAUGCACCUCCACCACCUCCACCCUACAGAGUACAUGGGUCUUCAGAUCCCAUGAACCGUGGGAAACCGCCCCCUCCACCUACCAGAACACCAGUCGGACCACCUCCUCCUCCCCCACCAAUGAGAAAUGGACAUCGGGACUCCAUUUCUACUGUUAGGUCUUUCUUGGAUGACUUUGAAUCCAAGUACUCUUUUCAUCCAGUUGAAGAUUUCCCAGCUCCAGAAGAAUUCAAGUACUUCCAGAGAAUUUAUCCCAGCAAAACUAACAGAGCUACUCGUGGGGCCCCUCCUCUGCCUCCCAUUCCUAGGUGAAAAACGGCAAUUGAGCAUUUUUGUUUAGCACCAAAACAAACGGACUUGUUCUCAAAUUCUAUCCCCAUCCCCCAAAAACAUUCCUCAGAAAUCUGCAUGAAAAAGACAUUCCUGCUGUUUUUUUUUCUGUUGCAAGAGAAAAAUUACUCAAUGGAUGAAUUACUCAGCUCCAUCUAUGCAUUUCACUCCCUGACUUUAAAAAGCAUCUGUUGGCAUAGUUGGGUGAGAACGCUCCUGCAGAUCAAUGCUAAUUUCCUACCUUUCUCCUAUCUUUGCUAUGGAGGGGGAAUCCUCAGUUCAUAAAUGCUACAGUUCAAGAACAAGGGAAGAGUGAAUAUUUCCCAGAAAAGAAAACCAAACAGAACAAUUUUGGAACUGUGGGCCAGGUUAAAGCAAUUGUUUGUAGAUGCUUGCUUAUCAUAGGGAAGGAAAUGGUCACGAAUUGUAUGGAAUAGGGAAAACGCAUUCUUUUUUAAAGGGGAGUGCCAUUAAAAGAAUUGAAAUUGCUGUUUCACUUUUGAA